AUGUUUAUAACUAAAGAAAAUCAGAGUGCUGGAGCCACAUUCACUCUCUUGGGCUUCUCAGAAUUUCCAGAACUCCAGGGGCCCCAGUUCCUGGUAUUCCUGACCAUCUACACGGUCACUGUGCUGAGGAACCUGGGCAUGAUCAUGGUCAUCCGGAUCAGUCGCAAACUCCACACUGCCAUGUACUUUUUCCUCAGCCACUUGUCCUUCACUGAUUUCUGUUAUUCCACUACAGACACACCCAAACUUCUGGAGAACUUGGUUGUGGAAGACAGAACCAUCUCUUUCAUAGGUUGCAUCAUGCAAUUCUUCUUAGCUUGUAUAUUUGCAGUGACAGAAACAUUCAUGUUAGCAGUGAUGGCAUAUGAUCGAUUUGUGGCAGUUUGUAACCCUUUGCUCUACACAACAGUCAUGUCCAAAAAGCUCUUUGCAGGGCCCUACACUUGGGGUAUAGUCUCUUCCCUGACGCUCACCUAUUUUCUCCUGGAAUUAUCCUUCUGUGGGUCUAACAUCAUAAAUAAUUUUGUCUGUGAGCACUCUGUCAUUGUUUCUGUCUCCUGCUCUGACCCCUACAUCAGCCAGGUGCUUUGCUUUGUCAUCACCAUAUUCAAUGAGGUGAGCGGCUUGAUAAUCAUUCUCACUACUUAUAUUUUCAUCUUUGUCACUGUCAUAAAAAUGCCUUCUGCUGGUGGGCGCCAAAAAGCCUUCUCCACUUGUGUCUCCCAUCUGAUUGCUAUCACCGUUUUCCAUGGGACUGUCCUGUUUCUUUAUCGUGUAUCCAACUCCAAAAACUCAUGGCUCAUAGUAAAAGUAGGUUCUGUAUUUUAUACUGUGGUCAUCCCCAUGCUGAACCCUCUGAUCUAUAGCCUCAGGAAUAAAGAUGUGAAGGAGAGUGUCAGGAAAUCAAUGAAGCACUCAAUACGAUUUUGUUGA